AUGCUGCGCUCGUGCUACAGGCCGCUUGAGCGCUGCUUCGGAUUGCGAUGUGGUGGAGGAGGUGGCGAUGGGCUUUGGCACAUGGACUUGAAGCCCCACGCCUCCGGUGACUACUCGAUCGCUGUGGUUCAGGCCAAUUCGAAUUUGGAAGAUCAGGGUCAGGUCUUCACCUCUCCCUCUGCGACCUAUGUUGGUGUUUAUGACGGCCAUGGCGGCCCUGAAGCUUCUAGAUUCGUCAACAACCACCUCUUUCCUUAUUUACACAAAUUUGCCACGGAGCAAGGUGGGUUGUCGCCGGAUGUGAUUAAGAAGGCGUUCAGCGCCACUGAGGAUGAGUUUUUGCGUCUGGUGAAGCGAUCUUUGCCGGUGAUGCCGCAAAUUGCUUCGGUAGGGUCGUGUUGCCUUGUGGGUGCGAUAUCGGAUGAUGUUUUGUAUGUGGCCAAUCUCGGGGACUCCAGAGCAGUCCUUGGCCGGAGGGUUUCGGAGAGUAAGAGGAGUGCGGUGGUGGCAGAACGCUUGUCCACUGACCACAAUGUAGGAGAUGAGCAGGUCAGGAAGGAGGUCGAAGCACUCCAUCCAGAUGAUGCGCAUGUGGUGGUGUAUACUCGUGGGGUUUGGAGAAUAAAGGGCAUAAUUCAGGUGUCAAGAUCUAUUGGGGAUGUUUAUCUAAAGAAGCCUGAGUUCAACAGAGACCCAAUAUACCAGCAAUUUCUGAAUCCCGUUCCUAUGAAGCGGCCAGUGAUGACAGCAGAGCCGUCAAUCAUUACUAGGAACCUUAAGCCACAGGAUUCAUUUUUGAUAUUUGCAUCAGAUGGCCUCUGGGAACAGUUGAGUGAUGAAGCAGCAGUAGAAAUUGUUUUCAAAAACCCUAGAGCUGGUAUUGCAAAGAGAUUAGUAAGGGCUGCUCUUCAUGAGGCUGCAAAGAAGAGGGAGAUGAGAUAUGAUGACAUAAAGAAAAUUGAAAAGGGAGUAAGGCGUCACUUCCAUGAUGACAUCACUGUUAUUGUAGUCUAUCUUGAUCACCAUAAAAGCUCCUCGAAGCAUAAAAUUAAGCACAGUACUCUUGGUUCUACCAGAGCACCUGUUGAUAUUUUCUCGGUUAGUGCAGAUGAUGCAGAACAGGGUCUGCAUCACAUCGUUUAG